AUGCCUGCCACGCAGGAAGGGAAGCCUUCACCUAAGGGGCGUCUACUUCUGAUCUCGAAUCGGCUGCCUAUCACGAUCAAGCGCUCCGAAGAAGGCAACUAUGACUUCUCCAUGUCUUCUGGCGGUCUGGUGUCUGGUCUCUCCGGUCUGAAGAAGACUACCCAGUUCCAAUGGUAUGGCUGGCCAGGUGUGCAGCUACCGGAGAAUGAGAUCCCGCACGUCAAGGAGAGACUGCUCGACGAGUUCUCGGCCAGACCGAUUUUUAUGCCCGAUGAGCUCGCCGAUCGCCACUACAACGGCUUCUCGAAUUCCAUCCUUUGGCCACUCUUCCACUAUCAUCCAGGCGAGAUCACGUUCGACGAGAACGCAUGGGAGGGUUAUGCGGAGGCCAACCAGCUCUUUGCGAAAGAGAUUGCUCGUGACGUACAAGACAAUGACCUUGUCUGGGUCCACGACUAUCACCUCAUGCUCUUACCGAUGAUGCUGCGGAAGGAGCUUUCGAAGCAAGAGCACCCGCCCAGCAACGUCAAGUUCGGCUUCUUCCUGCACACACCAUUCCCAUCGUCGGAGAUCUACCGUAUCCUGCCAGUGCGAAACGAGAUCUUAGAAGGCGUGCUGCAGUGCGAUCUGAUCGGCUUCCAUACCUACGACUAUGCGCGGCACUUCCUUUCUUCGUGUUCGCGUAUUCUUGGCCUACCCACAACGCCAAACGGUGUCGAAUUCCAGGGCAAGCUUGUCUCCGUUGGCGCUUUCCCAAUUGGCAUUGACCCGGAGAAGUUUCACCAAGGCCUCGAAAAGGAGAGCGUCAAGCGUCGAAUCGAGACUCUCGAGAAGCGAUUCGAGGGCAUGAAGAUCGUUGUCGGCGUGGACCGUCUCGACUACAUCAAGGGCAUGCCGCAGAAGUUGCACGCUCUUGAAGUCUUCCUCACCGAGCACCCCGAGUGGAUUGGCAAGGUUGUACUCGUCCAAGUUGCGGUGCCCUCCCGUCAAGAUGUCGAGGAGUACCAGAAUUUGCGUGCUGUCGUCAAUGAGCUUGUCGGCCGCAUCAACGGCAAGUUCGGCACGAUCGAAUUCACGCCGAUCCACUUUCUUCACAAGUCCGUCAGCUUCGAGGAGCUGAUUGCGCUAUAUGCUGUCUCGGAUGUCUGCCUCGUCACCUCGACCAGAGACGGCAUGAAUCUCGUAUCGUAUGAAUACAUUGCCUGCCAGGAGAAGCGGCGCGGCGUGAUGAUACUCUCCGAGUUCGCAGGUGCCGCGCAGUCGCUUAACGGGUCGCUGGUGGUGAAUCCAUGGAACACCGAAGAGCUGGCCGACGCAAUCCACGACUCAGUCACUAUGGGUGACGAGCAACGUGCAAUCAAUUACCAGAAGAUGGCUCGCUACGUCAACAAAUAUACAUCGGCAUGGUGGGGCGAGACGUUUGUCACGGAGCUUACGAAGAUCAGUGAGCAAGCGGAAAAGAAGUUGAAGGUCCGGAAGCAGUCACUCAUGGACCCGGCGUCUACUGCGAAUGCGAACGAAGUUCCAGUCAAGGAAGAUUCAAGUGCACCGAGCCCGAUGAAGCUGACCACAGGACCAAGUGCCACGCAACAAUCAGGGUAA